CGCGACUUGUCGCAUGAAAGAAAGCUGAGAUCCCAUUGCCUCGGAGCAAACCGAAAUCAUUGCUAUUUCAGUUGUUGCCUCUGAAAACGACCAAGAAUACUGCAAGCUCUUCGUUAUCAAUAGAUCAUCUUCCCCAAGACCGAUCAUCUCGUUGACAUCUGUUCGGAGGGGCUCCUGAGAUGGGGUUAAGGGGCAUGCAAGAUGCAACAACGUAGAGAUGAGAUUGUCGCAAAGCGAGCAAAGCUCGCAGAGCUUAAGAGGCAGAGAGAGCUCCGAGCCAGCGUGGCAACCGCCUCUCGCCAGAGCAUAGGAAACUCCACCGAUCUCAUCUCGCCGACACCUGGCCGAGCAGACAACCGCCGCGAAAUCGAAUCGCUAAUCAACAGCCUGGUUGGCGAAAGCAGGCCAGUCUCGGUCUCCACAGGAGGCGCCGCCUCGCCAGCUCAUCGAGGCAGCCGACCGAAUAGUGUGCUGAGCGCCGGGGAACUCAGCCAUGAGAACUCGGACAUCGCCACGCCGGCCACUGGCCAGGCCGCCAGCUCCCAACCGCAGACUCUCACAACAAUUCCUCUAACAACCGUCUACGAAUGCCCUCCGUCGCCCGUGAAGGAGGUCUUCUCCUACAGCAAAGGGGUCCAAACCACGGAAGGAUGGACCAGUCCGACCAGGCCGCGGGCUUUUUCGGAAUCAGACUAUGACGAGCCCACCUUGACUCCCAGCAAGAGACUUAACCGGAGAGAGCGAGAUAGGGAGGAAGAGCUGCGGCAGAACUUGAGGAAAGAGAUCGAGGAGGAGCUCAGGGCCGCUAAGGAACUGAUGACGGAUGGAUACCUCAAACCCACGACUACCACUAACUUCCCUGCGCGGGCUCUAACAUCCGAUGAGCUGAACGCAGUCACGCAUUCGGAUGAAUUCAUGGAGUUUCUCGACAGGUCUAGCAAGGUUCUCGAGAGGGCACUGGACCAGGAGUACGACAUCCUGACCGAUUAUACCCUCCAGGUGCACGACAUCGACGACGAAGAUGAGCAGAGUGGGAAUAUCGGGGGCAAGGGUCGCCGGAAAGUCAAGGAGUUGGCGCAGUUCUACGACGAGCGGUGGUCCAAGAAGCGAAUGAUCAGCUCCAUCGACUUCUCCCAGAAAUUCAAGGAAUUGGUCCUCGCCUCGUAUACGAAGAACCCCUCGGCACCACACGACCCGGACGGGAUAGUGCAGGUCUGGAAUCUCCAUCUACUCGAGCGUCCGGAAUUCGUCUUCCAUGCCCAAUCGGACAUCCUGACAGCCAAAUUCUCGCCCUUCCACCCCAACGUCAUCAUCGGCGGCGCAUACAGCGGGCAGGUCUUGCUCUGGGACACGCGAGCGGGGUCCGCGCCGGUGCAAAAGACGCCGCUGACGGGCUCGGGCCACACGCACCCGGUCUACUCGAUCGACAUCGUCGGGACGCAGAACGCGAACAACAUCAUCUCGUGCUCCACCGACGGGGCCGUCUGCGGGUGGAGCGUGGACAUGCUGGCGCAGCCGCAGGAGUCCCUGACGCUCCUGGCCCCGCAGCCGUCCAAGACGGAGGACCUGAGCCCGAUGUGCAUGGCCUUCCCGCGGGCCGACCCGACCUUCUUCCUCGUCGGCUCCGAGGAGGGCACCAUCUUCCCGUGCCACCGGUACGACCGGGCGGGCGCCAAGGCGGGCGUCGACUCCCGCGUCAGCUACAAGGGCCACGCGGCGCCCGUCAUGUCGGUCGACUUCCACCCGGCGUGGGGCCCCGUCGACCUGGGCGACCUGGUGCUGUCGGCCAGCCUGGACUGGAGCGUCAAGCUGUGGAAGGUGCGGGCCCCCGCGGCGACGUCGACCAUGGGCGGGGCGGGUGGGGCGGGCGCCCAAGGGGGCGGCCAGGUGGCGCCGCUGAUGGAGUUUGUGCGCGAGGACGUCGUGUACGACGCGGCGUGGUCGCCGGUCAAGCCGGGCGUGUUUGCGCUCGUGGACGGCGCGGGCUGGGUCGAGCUGUGGGACGUGACGGUCGAGACGGAGGAGCCCGUCGCGAGGAUAUCGCCCAGUCAGCGCAAGGAUGGGCGGUCUAUGCUCAGCAAGAGCCUCAACAAGGUUGCGUGGGAGCCGACCGAGGGGAGGAGGCUGGCGGCUGGGGGCAUCGACGGCGCGCUGUCUGUGUUCGAGGUCGGGCCUGACCUGGGCGGGAAGGAGGGCCUCAAGAACGAGGAGUGGACCAACGUCAAGAAGCUGGUCAACCGGCUCGAGGCCGCGGGCGUCAAUGGUGCGGCGCCCGUGUAAAGCGGGGGAUCGUUGUGGGGAAUGGAUAUCCUUUUUUGAGGGCCGAGAUCUUGUUUUGUGAGGUAGUUUCUCUCUCUCUCGUUUCUUCAAAGACUGCUAUGUGUGGGAGUUGCCUUCGCUUCCUCUAUACCCCCUGAAGAAAGCUUGUUUACUUCUACAACUACUACCUACAUCACUGAGUACCCCUUGAUUUUGUGACAUUGCGAAGAGAUGGAGAUGCAGUCUUAUACAGAAGAGAUCGAGCGUGGGUUCUCACGCUUCUUCUUUCUUGUCAACCCUGUCGAAAGUAAUAACAAAGCAGCGUCGCUGCAGUUGGGCCUUUUACUAGUAGGAGAGUGAAGACAGCUUAGUCAGCGUGUAAUAUUUAAAUCCCCACUUGCGAAAGA